AUGGUCACACUCAAGACGGUGUAUAAAAAUUUAAUGGUUAUUGAGUGCUUGUUGUUAUACGUAGCUGAAGGUCAAUUAUCUGGAGGAGUUGGGCAAGCUGGCACAAGCACAAGUUUUGAUGCUGGUGAGCAGAGUAUCAAAUAUUAUUACUUCUGCCAAACUGAGUAGCCUGCAACAGUCACACUUGGUUCACUGUUUAUUUUAUUCUUGAAGGUUCUGAGCAGAAAGUAGAGAGUGCUGAUGAUCAUGGAACAUCAGCUGGUGGAAGCUGCCUUGAUCAAGGUACAUUAAUUGUUUAGUUAAACAUUAUAGGGAAGAGAAGUAAUGAUGUCACAAAUUAAAUCUGUGAAAUUAUGGGAUUGGUUAGCAUAUUCAGAAGGAGAAAGAUGAAAAAAGCCCCCUGGCCAAAAACAUUAACAUUAUAGAGGAGAGAAGUGAUGAUGUCACAAAAACUAAAUUUUGGGAUUGGUUAGCAUAUCAAGAACGAGAUGAAAAGUGUCCAGUUUCUAAAAAUCAGCCUGUUGGUGCAAAUUGUUGAGGAGAUGAAAGUAAUAUUAUGCUCUGAAGACUCCAUAAUGUGAUAUUAAAUCUUUCUAAAGUUGGUCGGGAUUGUCAAUGAAGUGCUGGAUCCAGACUUUGAGAUAAAGGGGGGUGGAAUGGGGUCAGUCAUCCAGACCCUGAGAUAAUAAGGGGGGCCCGGUCUCAAAAAACUUUUUUGGUGGUCCUUUGGGCCUCAGUUUGGUUUAAAAUAAGGGGGCCCCAGGCCCCCAAGGCCCCUCCACUGUAUCCGCCACUGCUAUAUAGGUGUUGCUAGAACAUAGCUUGGUAUGUGACUACAUAGUAGAAGUUUAUCUCUGCGGGAGUCACAGCACUCCAUGUUACGUUUAUUUAUGUAAAAAUAGUGAUAGCAUGGUUUUUCCAUGUUGGUACAUUGCACUUAAAAAAAAAAGUUAUUAACGAUUUUCAGUUUCAGAAGCCUGAGACUCGGCCAGUGUACACGUAAUUUAAUUUGUGCUACUCAGCUGAGAAGAGUGGAAAAUAGAGAUUGAAUUAAUCCCUUGUGCACUCACAUUUUAUGUAAUGCUUCUAAGGAUUGAGCUAAAUGGAGUGAGAAGUAGUAGGGCAAGUACAGAAUACAUAUAGUGAUGCAUGUAUUAUUUUUCAUCAGUGUGUAUAUGUAGCAUAUUAAAUUAGUUUGUUAAUCCAUUCACUCUAAGAAAGUUUGCUGAAAGACUUCCUUUGAAGCUAGUUAUGCCAUUUUCUGGCUGAAACUGCUCAAAAGACAGUUUUUAAAUCAUUAGCACCAUGCCUGCAGCCUUUAUCAGCUUCUUUGCUCAUGACAAGUUUUGAAGUGCAAAAUAUUGUUAUGCAAAUUAGCUGGCUGCACAUUCAAUGUGCAGGCAGCUACUUAGCAAAGUCAUUCAAAGCCAGUAGCUCCGAGGGAGAAGUUUUUAAGAAAACGUUCAGGAUCAUAGGAUAGAAUAAAGUGCGGGUGGAAAGUGGAACAAGAUUUUCCACUGUUUAAUUAUUUUUAAGGUACAUCUAAUGUUGUGCAAGGUGCAAGCAAUGAUCAUGGUACUUGGGGUGACGUUUCAGGUUCAGUUGGAGGGGUUUCUCAGGAUCAAGGUUCAGUACCAUCAUGAUAAUAUGUUUAUUAGGAAAUAAAGCUGUAGUUAAUAAUUAAUAAAUAAAAAAUAUCAUUUUAGUGGUAACAUCAAUGCCGGAAUGCCUAGGCUUUUGUCUACCACAAAAUUCCAGCAUGAGAUCAUUCACAAUAGGAAUGUAUGGUGCUCAAUGAUGCUGUAUCAUGAAGAGAGGCAAAAACCAGAGUACCUUCACAAAAUCUGUUGGAACAAAAACGUGAACCAGUAACAAGUUGGUUUCCCCACUGCACCGCCCUUGUUCUCAAAAUAUAAUAGCAAAACAGUUAUGUUAUUUUUCAUUCAGCACUUCACUUGUGCUGGUAAGCAUGUUAAUGUUAAAACUGUUCCUUACCAACAUACAUUAGUUAGAACCAAUUUAUACAGCAUAAUAAAUAGUAUCAUGUGAAAACAGUACUGGAGAGGAAUUAGUUAGGACUUGUACCAGUCACUGUUGGAAUGCUGGCUGAUAUCUUGUCUCAUUUUUCAGGUGCAUCUUAUAAUGCUGUGCAAGGUGCUGAUCCUGGUGCUGGGGGUGAAGUUUUAAAUUCAAGCAAUGAAGUUCAUUAUGACCAAGGUACUGUACAGAAAUAUGAUAUGUUACUAAAAAUAAAAUGAAAAAUUGGUUAAUAUGUUUUUGAAAUUUAGCGAUUCCUUCAGGUGCAGUUAUGAUGUGACACUAAUCUAUAAACUUGAAAACGUAAAUGGUGUAAUCUCAAUUGUGGUAUGUUUCUGAUUGAUAUUUUCUUCAUUCUCAAGGUGCAUCAGCUAGUGCUCAUGUGUACAAGGCAAGUAAAAAUGUUGGUGCUGCAGGGAGUGAAGCUUCAGAUUCAGGCAAAGUAGUUCCCCAUGAUAAAGGUACAACAACAAUAUCUUUAUUUAGUAAUAUAUCACAUACUUAUAAAAUAAGACAAAUAUAUAUAAAUAAAUAGUAUUGCUAUAACUUUAUGUAGCUACUUUUCAUUUUGUGGACAUAUAGUUUUUAAUGAAAGAAAAUAGAUAAAUGUGUAUAACAUAUAUGCCUGCUUUCCAUAGAGCCAUGCCUGUAACUUAAAACAAAAACUUAACUAUUAGAUUAAAAUUGGCUGCCCACUUUAAAACUGUGCACACAGUAUCUCCCUGCUGCAACUCAACAGGCCAUUUUCACGAUGAUGACAUUUGACUACAACUACCAGAAUUCAUUUUGUUUUUGCUUUCUUAUUUAAUUUGUCAAUCCUACUGAUUGUUAAAAAACAAUAGCCUUGAUUUGCAUAAGAAAACAACACACUAAAGGAGUUUGGGAGUUGUAGUAAAAUGACGUUAUCGUGCUAUAGGGAAGCUAUUUCACAUCACCGCAUCCUUAUAGCCAAAGCUAUUUUUUAGGUAGCUUGUGUUGAGCUGAGGAACAGCCAGUUUGCUCUCAGUGUCUCUUAGUGAAUAGAAGGUGACACUAAGUAAUAAGUAAUGACACCUAAACCAAUUGCUCGCAGACCUUCCAAAACCGUAAGCAUCGAGUUUUGAUAGCAGGAUCUCGUGUUCAACCGUAUCCAGGGGUUUCUUUAAAACUAGAAAAACUACUGCAUUAACCUUGCAGAGGUCGAUAUUAUAUGCCCUGUUAUUGGUGGCCUCAAGGAGAGCAGUCACAGUAGAGUGAAGACUUUGAAACCACGAUUGACUACAAGAUAGCAAAUUGUUCUCCAUAUAAGAUACACUGUAAUUGUAGGCUUCGUUAUGCACUAUUCUGUUGAACGCUUUGGUUGUCACUGGGAUAAUUGAAAUCGGCGAUAAUUACGUGCACCUUGUUUGAACGAAGAAAUAAUUUUCAUGCAUCUCCAUUAGUUGAAGAUCACACACACAGAUUCCGAUAUCAAAUUGGGUCAAAUACAGAAAAGCCUAGCAGAGAUUUUGUCUAAGCCUGUUGCUUUAGAUUUGAAAAGCUUUGACACGUGGGAAAAUAGUACGUUCAGAGUUGUACAGUCUAGUGUUAUCACUGUAUCAGAAAGGGGAAAAUGAACAAACAGCAACAUAUUCAAAAUAUUUUUUGUAGCUAGAUGUUAAGAAUAUGACGCUACAGCUAUCCACUUUCGGUAUUUAUUUAUACUGAUAAAAUUUAAUGUUGAAUGGUAAUCACUUGUUGGUAUUGUCUCAUAAAAUAAAUUUGAUAAGUUAAAAUAAAUACCAAUAGGUAGCACAUCAACAAAUUUUAAUUUAAAAAGUGGUUCUUAUUCUACCAUUUCUGGAGGAAAUUGUAAUUUGAAAUGUUGGCGUUUGAGGAGAGGGGAAAAACAGAGUACCCAGAGAAAACCUCUCGGACCAAGGGUGAGAACAAGCAGCAAACUCGACGUUCAGUCAUGUAUGUCGGCACUUCUGGGUCACAAACCUGGACCAUGUUUGACAUAAACUUCACAAGGAUAGUUUUUACCACAGACGAAACUAAACCUCUGAAGUCUAGAGGCAGGCCCAAAAGGGGGAGGGAGAGGGGGAGGGAGAAAAGCACGAAAGAGGGGAAAGGGAAGGGUCCCUUCCCCUCUCUCCCCUACCCCCCUCCCUUUUCCCCUUUUUUCCUAUCCCCUACCCCUUUCGACGCCUCCUACGCAGGCUACUGAAGUCCGUCUGCAAGCCAGCGCCAAAAUCCUUGUUCUGGGCGCCCACCCGUUUGAGUACCCAGCAUGAUUGGCCUGUCAAAAAAAUAUAUUGUUCGAUAGGCUAAUCAGGUUGAAGAGAAAUUCGAAACGCACUUCCGGUAAUUCGUCGAGUCUGUAGGGGCCCAGAACAAGGACCUUGGCGCUGCUUCGUAGACGUUACUAGCUGACGUUAGAUAACGUGGCUACGCAGGCUAAUCGUUCGUUUGUUGUUGGUUCUCUUCUUUGCUCCGAGAAGUUUUUCUCCGGGUGCUCCGGUUUUCCCUCUCCUCAAAAACCAAAAUUUCCAAAUUCCAAUUCGACCAGGAUUCAGGUAGACGAAGAACCACUUUGUGGAUGUGCUACCUCCAAAUUAUUAUUAUUUAUUUAUCGUUCCUAAACCCUCAAAAAAUUGAAGAAAGGAUAUAAAACUUAUUUUGAUCAGCGCAAUUUCGUAUGUAUUAACUUACUAAUGUUUUUCUGUCCAUUACCAGAAGUCAGUCAUGUGAAAACGUCUGAUAUGGAAGCCUGUCGCAGUAAGCUUGCUGAUUACUACAAGCGGACAGCCAAGGUCCCCACAUCUGUUUGGUCUUCGGUUUGUCAGGUGAAACUUGACCAGAUCUAUACUCGACUGUCAUGGGUGAAAAAAGAACAAACCCCAACUGGGACAUCACAGUCUAAACUGACAGAUUACGGUGAACUAUUCACAGCAGACGAGAACGGUGUUGUGCCUAAGAGAAUACUCGUGCAAGGGGAGACGGGAAUCGGAAAGAGCACAUUUGUUAAAAAGCUAGCGUUGGAUUGGGCUAAAAUCGUUGGAGGUAAGGACGUUGUAAACGAAGAAAUGGCUGCUUCAAGUAAGUGCGGAGGGGGUGAGAAGCCAUCACGUGAAGAUCACAUGGGCUUCAGCCAGGCCGAGAGCAACGAAACAAGAAAACAGGGUGAUGGCCGGGACAGUCGUUUUGAUGCCCUGGAGAAGUUCCAGCUUGUUAUUGUUGUUCCUUUGAAACAUGUUUCUAAAUGCCAAACAUUCAGGGAAGUUUUAAGCUGUGCUCGUCUGAUUCCCAGGGACGAGGAAUCUUUAACAGAUGAUCUCUUGACGUACGUUUGUAACAACCAAGAGAAAGUUCUAUUGGUAUUUGAUGGCUACGACGAGUAUCGCACUGGAAGCGUAGCAGAAACCCAGUUUGGACCAAGAAGCACCUCUCCUAUUUGUGAAAUUUUCCGCGGAAAUGAGCUUAGAGACUGUUCUGUCUUAGUAACCACGAGAUCUUCAAGAGCCGGUGAACUACAAGAAUUCGGUGCCGACAAACACGCUGAGGUCACCGGGUUUGAUAGAGGAGACCAACUGGCUUUCAUGGAGAAGAUGCUAGAUAGGGACAGCUCGGUGAUGUCUGAACUACAAAGGUUCUUGCAGGUUAAGGAAGUGUUGGACCUUGCAAGAGUGCCACUUCUAAAUCUCUUUUUUUGCUUGUUGUUCAGACAAGAAAAGGAGAAACUGAUGGAACUUGGCAAGAGAAAAACUCCAUUAUAUCGAGCUAUCAUCCAAUACAUCUUGCAGUACAGCAACAAGAGGCUUUCUCCUGCAAAAGUCUCCAAAGUAAAAGAGGAAGAUUACCGAGAGAUUCUUGCUGAAAUAGGAAAAGUGGCAUUGGAAAGUCUUCUGAAGGGCAGUCAGGUGUUUGAAUAUGGUCAGCUGUCUGAGGAAGUACGUGGUGAAGAAAGUGUUAUGGUGGGCCUCUUACAAUUAUCUGAGAACGAAGGAAGUCUGGAACCAACGGAGAUAGUGUCCUUUAUACACAAAUCAAUUCAAGAGUAUUUAGCAGCGUGGUUUAUCGCUUACAGAUGUGUUCCCCAGGGUACUCUCGGGGGACUUGAAAAGCAUUUCGCCACUUUAGAGGAUUGUGAGUCAAUGGUAAAUGUUUUCCAGUUCGUGUGCGGUUUGUCCAAGGAUGGAGCGGUAAAAGUGCUGACGCAUUUAUCUAUUGUUCCUGCCAAUAACACUUCAGUAGACUUAUCAGUGUUAAUGCCAGUUGAAGACAUCGAAACAGACCUACCGUUUACUGGCAUCACCAAGGAGCAUAUACGAUUCAGUGACCUUGUCCUAACUUGCUAUCAAGAAAGUUCACUGGAGCCCGAACUUAUAAAGUAUGUCUUUGGUUGCACCAGAGGAAUCAUCCUCCUGAAUAGGAGAGCAGUUAAUCUUGAUCUACUACUCAAGCCGCAAAUUUUGACUCAGGAACCAACUUUCCCUUGGGCUUUCUUUUUUUGUGGUGAUCGUAUCGGGGAUGGUAAAUACAUGUUUGUGUUGUUAAAGGGUGUCACGGGGGUAAAGGACACAGUAGUUUGUCUAUAUGAAUCGGUUAAAUUUCUUCAUCUUUUGAAUAUCCCCCUGAGACUUGUUAGGAAUUCGAAAGUGAUGAAACUAGGAGACUUUUUAGCAAGGUUUCUGAAUUGUGGGUGUAACAAGCGGUGCACUUUCAAUUCCAUUCUUUGUUGCCGCGAUGGUAGAGUGACGUUAUACAUCACAUACUUGAGACUUAAAUGUGAUACGCAUAUCAGUAUGUUUACUGAAGCCGUGGCUGCCGAAUCUGAUCAAUCUCCUUCUCCAAAUUUGUGUUCAAGCCUAUCACGUUUAGAAUUUAUAUCAGUUCUAAGCGGUGUUUCCCUUGAGAACAGAGAAUUGCUUCAAGAAUUUGGUGCCGUGGUUAGAAAUAGUAAACGCUUGCAAGAAAUUCGCUAUAAGGGAAAUUGUGGCUACAUAGUUGAUUUUCUGGUACAAAUGGUGUUUCCCGGGAAGUUGUCCUUGACCAUCACGAAAGAUGCAAAUGCGGAAGAUGUGAAUGUUGCUUAUGACGUCUUAGGAGGUGAAAAAAACCUGUGUCUUAAAAUUAACUUGCCUUUUAUAACUACUGAAACAGUGAUGGCAAUUAUAGAAAGUAUCUCGCCCGAGAGUCUGGGCGAAGUGUCGUUGAACAAUAUCGCCCUCACCGAAUCAGACGCUGCUGCUCUCGAUGAAGCACUACCAAAAAUGACUUCCUUCAAAAGCUCACUGGAGAAAAGACACUGGAGGAUUUAA